UGUCCAACCUCCACCACCUAGAUGAAGAACUCUUGGUAGAGAGAGAGAGAGAGAAAGAGAUAGAAGAAAGGAGAGAGAGAGAGAUCUUUGUUUGGCUUGCUCAGCCAUGGCUCCAGCUGGGAAGGAUUCUGGGUUUCACCGAGAAGGAAAUGAAUGGUUCUACAAAGCGGGAUUGCCUAGCGAUAUAAUUGUCUCGGUGGAUGGCGUAAAUUUCCAUCUUCACAAGUUUCCUCUCAUGGCAAAAUGUGGAAAGAUGGCACGGAUAUACGAGGAAUCCCAAAGUACCCAUGUAAAGAUUCUCACUACAGUUCUGGAAGAGUUCCCUGGUGGUCCUGACACUUUCUUGAUUGUGGCUAAAUUCUGCUACAGUGUCAAGAUAGAAUUGACUCCGAGAAACACAACAAUGGUUUAUUGUGCAGCAGACUACCUUGAAAUGACAGAAGAGUAUGGUGAAGGCAACUUACUCUCUAAGGCCGAGAGUUUCUUCUAUAAAAGCAUACUGCGCAAUUGGAAAGAUUGCAUCUUGGCUCUCCAAAGCUCUGAGCCUGUGAUGCACGGAGCAGAAAAGCUCCAGAUCAUAAGCAGAAGUUUAAAUGCUCUCUCCGUGAUGGUUUGUACCGAUCCUAGUUUGUUUGGGUGGCCCAUGAUGAUGUACGGUAGUUUACAAAGCCCCGGUGGAAGCAUCCUAUGGAAUGGAAUAAACACCGGUGCAAGAAUUCAGAGUUCAGAAUCAGACUGGUGGUUUGACGACAUCUCAUAUCUCAGCAUUGUAUUGUUCGAGAGACUUAUCAAGACGAUGGAAGUAAGGGGUCUAAGACCUGAAAACCUAGUAGGUGCUAUAAUGUACUAUGCCAGAAAGUACCUUCCUGGUCUGGGCCGAUGGCACAGCGGACAAAGUAGCAUACCUAGAACAGUUGCGAGUUUUAGUUUGAAACCCGUUGCUCCUGAUCAAAGGGUUGUGUUGGAAAGCAUUGAAAAGCUCCUUCCCCAGAAAAAGGGGAAAUCCUUCUGUCGUUUUUUACUAGGACUGCUUCGUGUCGCAUUGAUACUGGGAGUUGAUCAAACAUGCAAGGAUUCUUUAGAGCAGAGAAUAGGGGUGCAACUGGAAUUGGCAACCCUUGAUAGUGUGCUGAUUCCUUCGUAUUCAGACGCUGACACAUUGUAUAAUACGGACUGCGUUCAAAGGAUCAUCCAUCAUUUUAUGUCGACGGAAUCAAGGAUUGAGUCGUUUUCUCCGACAUCAUUGGACAUGGAAACAUCACCAUCAUCUGGGCCAAUAAGAAAAGUUGCUAAGCUUAUAGAUAGCUACAUUGCGGAGGUUGCUUCCGAUGUGAAUUUAAAGCCCACAAAGAUCCGCUCUUUGGCAGAGGCCAUCCCAGGGUCUGCAAGAUCUUUGCAUGACGGGCUGUACCGAGCACUGGAUAUAUACUUCAAGGCACACCCUUGGCUCCCAGAGAAAGAGAAGGAAGAACUUUGCAACAUUAUUGACUUCCAGAAACUCUCUAUUGAUGCGUGCGCCCACGCAUCCCAAAACGAAAGAUUACCGCUUAGAAUCGUUCUUCAAGUCCUGUUCUUUGAGCAGAUGCAUUUGAGGACGGCUCUAGCUGGUUGCCUUCAUGUCCUGGACGCUGAAAGUGCCCCUGCAGCUCCAGCGACUGUUCCUGUUGAAAUGGCUGGCCAGAUUGUGCAGAGAGACGGGUGGGUGACUGUGGUGAGGGAGAACCAGGUUUUAAAGGUGGACAUGGAAAGGAUGAGGUCUAGAGUUGGUGAGCUUGAGGAAGAAUUCAGUAAAAUUAAGCAGGAGAUGAAAAAGGUGAGCAAAUCACAUAGCUCCCUCAGUUCUCCUCGCCUGGUUGCUCGAAAAAUCGGGUGUAAGCUUCUUCCACGACCGUCUGAUGCUCAACGAGAGACUCUUGAAAUUACCGAGCCUACUCCUAGAGCAUCAUCAGUUGAGAAGGCGCGCUCUUCCAAUCAUUCUAGACACCGGAAAAGUUUCUCAUUGUUUUAAGUGCUGCUAUAAGAGGACUGUCUUCUGCCAUGAUGACUAAAGACUCUGUUUGGUCCUCAGAAAGUUUGGAAAGAGGGAAGGACCGUUUUUAUGGUUAAAUUCUUUUUUUGGUAUAUUGGAAAUUUUGCGCAAUUUCUUUCUAUUCCUUCCCUUCGGAUUUUCUGCGAACCAAACAGAGAGUAAAAGAUGGCACCGCCCAAAGAGGCUAUUUGCGACGAAAUUGUUUUCAUUUGUCUAAUGGGGAAUGGCAGCUUCUUCGCCUUUGAGGCUUUGAGCCUGGCAUUGAUGAUGAGCCCAAGAUUGAACUCAAAAGUGUAUACAAGUAAAUAUACCUUGUUUUACAUAUAUAGGAAAGAGAAUUCGUUGAAUGUUUUUCAGUUUUGGCGUUUGUUUUCUUCACUUGGCCUUUAUACAUGUACAUCUUUGUGAAACAUGUUUGUAAAAAUUUAUCAAAU